UAAUAUCUCGCCCCCCUCGUCCGCUACAGAAAGCCAGAAUUGUUAUCUUCUUAUAGAUGAUAUUAUAUAUAUAUGUCUGUGUGUGUGUGUGUGUGUGUGAGUGUGUGUGUGUGUACGUGUGUAAAUACAUACAUAUAUACAAGAGUACUCCAUUCAAUUCCAACUCCACCCACCACUCAUUCCAUCAAUCAUAAUUUUACUCUCUUCCCCCAUUUUAAUUCUCUAGGAAGAACCACUUGCCCCACUUGACUCUCCCGACCAGUCUAGUCCUUUCACAUUUUUUGUCCAUUUCUUCUUCUUCUUCUUCUUCUUCUUCUCUCUCUAUUAAAUUAACUGUUUUUACUGCUAUCAUCUCUUUUCUUCUUCUUCUUCUUUUAAUUCCAUCUCUUUACCUCUUUUUUCUUUUUUUACUCUCUCUCUCUCUCUCUCUCUCUCUCUCUCUCUACCCCAUUAAAUUUCUUUUUAAAUUCUUGAUCUACUCAUUUCCUUUGCUAGCCGUCUUUCUUGUUUAAAGGGAAUUCUCAGUUUCAUCUCUGGAUCAUCAUAUAUACCUAUAUCUGCAAAUUUGGUUACUGAUAAUAUAUUUAUAUAUACGUAUAAAAUGUCACUGGAAUUGGCUUCUGAACGUGUUUGUUAUGUUCACUGCAACUUCUGCAACACCAUUUUAGCGGUAAGUGUUCCAUGCACAAGUUUGUUCACAAUUGUAACAGUCAGAUGCGGGCACUGUGCCAAUCUGCUCUCAGUAAACAUGGGAGCUUCACUUCAAACAUUCCCUCUCCAUGAUCCUCAGCCGCAUGUAAGCUCUGAAUAUUCAAGCAAGGAAUUCGGCUCUUCUUCGAAAUGCGGUAGGUUUUCUGCGUUUCAACCGAUAGAGCAUGAAGCACCUCGAAUGCCUCCAAUUCCUCCGCCAGAGAAGAGGCAGCGAGUUCCUUCUGCAUAUAACAGGUUUAUUAAGGAAGAAAUCCAAAGGAUUAAGGCUAGUAAUCCUGACAUCAGCCACAGGGAAGCAUUUAGCACAGCAGCCAAAAAUUGGGCACAUUUUCCUCAUAUUCACUUUGGAUUAAAGCUGGAUGGCAAUAAGUAAGCAAAACUGGAUCAGACAAUUGCUGAAGGAGCUUCAAAGUCUAAUGGGUUCUACUAAAACAAUGGUAUAUAUAUAUAUAUAUAUAUAUUUAUGUAUGUGUAUAUGUAUAUGUAUAUGUAUAAUAAAAACUUAUGUAUGUUUCUCUGAGUAAAUUAACUCAAGUAAUUAAUUAAGCCAGUUGUAUUUGUAUGUAUUGUAAUUAAGAUUUGAGGUUGAUGAUGAAGUUUCUUCAUUAUAAGUACCAAAGAGGAAGCUCUUCAUUUAAAUCUCUCACCUUGUUUAUUAUAUCUGAUGACAUUAAUUAGUUAAUGACUCCUUUA